UCAAAACCCUCUCUCCCCAAAAACCCAAACCCUUGGCGGCUGCGUGUGCGAGCGAGACCCUCUCUUUGUUUCGUGUUCUCUCUCUAUCUCUCUCCUCUCUCUCUCUCUCUCUCAUCGCGCUCUCUUUAGGGUUUCUCAACUCUUGAUUUGGGGCUAAAACCUAAAACCCUUGGGUUUUGUUUGCUUGAUUCCGAUUCAGAUUCGGUUGAAGGACGAGAUCUUGUGAUUUGAUUUCGACAUGGCUACCGUUGCUAGUCCUGCUGAUCAAGCAUCAGAUUUGCUGCAGAAGUUAUCGUUGGAAACUCAGGCCAAGCCCUUGGAAAUUCCGGAGCCAACCAAGAAGGUCUCUGGGAAUCAAUAUGGAACGGUUGAUUCGGGUAAUGCUGCUAAUGGUCAGAUCCCAUCAUAUGAACGGUCUGUAACACCUGUGUUGCAGGAUUUUAUUGAUCCCACCAUGUGUUACGUGCCAAAUGGUUAUGCAUCCACUGCUUAUUAUUAUGGUGGUGAGUCUAUGGGUGCUUAUUAUUAUGGUGGUUAUGAUGGGACUGGUAAUGAGUGGGAUGAUUACUCUAGAUAUGUGAAUCAGGAAGGACUUGACAUGACUUCUGGAGUUUAUGGUGAUAAUGGGUCUCUUUUGUAUCACCAUGGAUAUGGGUAUGCACCCUACGGUCCUUAUUCACCAGCAGGGUCCCCAGUUCCAACCAUGGGGAAUGAUGGUCAGUUGUAUGGGCCUCAACACUACCAGUAUCCUCCCUAUUUCCAGCCACUGACUCCAACCAGUGCGCCAUUCACACCAACUUCAGUCCUUCCUCAAGGCGAGAUUUCAACCUCUGUAGCUGCUGAUCAAAAGCCUCUUCCUGUGGAUGCAGCUAAUGGAAACUCCAAUACUGUCCCUAGUGGUGGUAGUCCAAAAGGUCGCGGCCCUGCUUCUGGUUAUCAGGAUCCAAGAUUUGGUUUUGAUGGAGCUCGUUCACCUAACCCAUGGCUAGAUGCCCCACUAUUUUCAGACGGGCAGCUUAGACCUGUGAGUAGCACAACCAACACCUCUUCAAUAUCAGGUGGCAACAAUACUGCUUCAAGGAACCAGUCUUACCGCCCAAAUUCUCAAUUUAUGGGCUUGCAUCAUCCGAGACCAAUGCCUGCCAUGGGUGCAACACAUGGCUUCAUUAACCGGAUGUAUCCGAACAAAUUAUAUGGUCAGUAUGGAAACACUGUCAGGUCUGGAAUGGGUUAUGGAACACAGUAUGAUUCUCGCUCAAAUGGACGGGCAUGGCUAGCUGUUGACAACAAAUACAAAACCAGGGGAAGAAGUGGUGGUUACUUUGGCUAUGGCAAUGAGAAUGCUGAUGGUUUGAAUGAGCUGAACAGGGGACCUAGGGCCAAGGGUGGUAAGAACCAAAAGGGUUUUGCACCAACUAUUCUGGCAGUCAAAGGGCAAAAUUUGCCUGCAAAUCUGACCACAGAAGAGGAGAAAGACAAGACCAGUAAUAUUCCAGACCGUGAACAAUAUAACAAGGCUGAUUUCUCUGAAGAAUACACUGAUGCCAAAUUUUUUGUCAUCAAGUCUUAUAGCGAGGAUGAUAUCCAUAAAAGCAUCAAGUAUAACGUUUGGGCAAGCACACAAAAUGGUAACAAAAAGCUUGAUGCUGCAUAUCAGGAGGCCCAGCAGAAACCUGGUGGCUGCCCUGUCUUCCUGUUCUUCUCGGUUAAUACCAGUGGACAAUUUGUUGGGCUUGCUGAGAUGACUGGUCCAGUUGAUUUUAACAAGAGUCUGGAGUAUUGGCAGCAGGACAAGUGGAAUGGUUGUUUCCCUCUGAAGUGGCACAUUGUGAAGGAUGUUCCCAACAAUUUGUUGAGGCACAUUACCUUGGACAACAAUGAGAACAAACCUGUCACCAACAGUAGGGAUACACAAGAGAUAAUGCUGGAGCCAGGUCUGAAAUUGGUCAAAAUUUUCAAGGAAUAUAGCAGCAAGACAUGCAUUCUGGAUGAUUUUGGAUUCUAUGAGGCUCGUCAGAAGACAAUCUUGGAGAAGAAAGCAAAGCAACAAUUCCCAAAGCAGGUUUGGGAAGGGAAACCUACUGAGGAGAAGAUAGAGGUCAACGGGGAGGUUAAUGCUCCAAAAUCUGAAGUUACCUCGGAAUUGCUGAAGGAGUCUACCCUGUCUGAGAAGGAUAGUGAGGAUCCCAAACUCUUGGACAAUGGAACUGUGGCAAAACCUGGAGAUGCCCCAAAGGGUGCUAAACCAGUUGUAUCUGAGAGUAAGAUUGUAGUCAAUGGUGUUGCUAAUGGUUGCUAAGAUCUGCUGUGUUUAAGAUGGCGGUCCACCAAUCCGUAGCAAUAUGAUACUUAGCAACCUGGAUCUGCCUGACUGGAUCUGUCUUGCCUUCUCUUGCAGUCUGAGGAUAUAAUUGAUAGACCCUGUGAAGAUAAAGAACUGUAUAUUGAGAUUGGCUCGGUGGAGUUAGUUCAUAGAAUGCGCACCAACCCCAUUUCGUUGGGUUUUGUUUACAGUGGUAGCUCCUAACAGUUUUUCUUACUCCUAGGGUUUUUGGGUUUUUAGGUUUUCUGCUUAAGAUGCUUAUAUUCUUAUCUUUUGGUUUUUUGUUCUGGAUUUCUUUUUUUUUUAUCCUACCUUUUUUCUUUACCUUGGUUGGUCGUUUCCUGCCUUGUAAAUUCAGAUCUACCUUGUUGCAGAGCAGCUUUUGUUACUUUCAACAGGGUUAGAUGCAAGGUAGGAGAUAUUGAAAUAUAGUUGCCUUUUAAGUUUUUGGUUUUGUCCAAUUUAGCAUGUUUGUUAAUUUACUAUCUGAUGGUUGCCUCGCUCGCGAUAGAGAAAGAAAUCUUUGUGGACAAUCAUUGUUGUAAUAGGGUACUUUCUGGCUAUGAAGGUCAUUAGUUCAGUAA